AUGGAACCUGAAUCGGAAGCCGAGGUCAAGUUUGCUAAGGACGCACGGGAGUGGUCAGCCUUAUGGUUCAUUAAUCCACUUUUCCGAGGCGAUUACCCAAAAGCUAUGCGAGUAACGGUGAAUGAAAAAUCAAGAAGGGAAGGAAGAACAACAAGUCGGCUUCCGUAUUUCAGCGACUACGAGAAAGAUAUGCUCAUUGGCUCUGCUGACUUCUUGGGCAUAAACUACUACAUAUCUCUAACAGUGAGAGCAUUUCGACCAGAUGAACAAGGCAUGCACAAAGGGCUCAACUACGAUGUCGACGGAACCGCGUAUAUCGCUAAACAUAUUGGAAAUGUACUGUACUCCGCCGUUUCGCUUCUUCCUUAUUUGAGUGAUUGCGAUCCACAG